AUGGGAACAGGCUACGAAGUUCUGAUUCCAUCAUUCGUUGGGUAUGGCAGGCUAACCCGCAAAACCCCGUUCAAGAAGAAGCUUCUCUUUCAUUUGGACUAUGAGGGAAACCUUGUUUUGGCUCAGCCAGAUGGCAAAGUCCCCGUCUGGCAAAGCUUUGAUUUCCCGAGCGAUACGAUCUUGGUUGGUCAGUCUCUCACACUUGAAGGCCAGAACAAGCUCGUAAGCCGCGACAUUGGAAGGUCGGUUUAUCCCAAGCACAACCUUUUAUGCGGCCUUAGGCCUGAGUUUCCUUAUAAGCAUUUUCUCGCGAGGCCUAGAUUCAACGCCUCGCAAAGUUUCCUCAGGCUCGACGCUGAUGGAAAUCUUAGGAUCUACUCUUACGAUUUCAAGGUCAGUUUUCUUGUUUGGGAAGUAACGUUCGAGCUCUUUAACCGUGACAACAGCGAGUGCUGGUUACCGUCAAAAUGCGGAGAGUUUGGGCUUUGUGAGGAUAAUCAAUGUGUGGCUUGUCCGUCCGAGAAUGGCUUACUUGGUUGGAGCAAAGCUUGUAGGCCGAAGAAGGUGAAGAGUUGUGAUCCGUAA